AUGAAAAAUAGCACACUUCCUCCUCUAUUCUCAUCAAAUAAAAACAUUAACUCAAGUUUAAGGAAUUCGAAGAAUGGUUUAAAAGGCUCAUUGUUCUCAAAUCUCGUUUCUUUAAAUGAAAUUCAAAAAGCAAAAGAAGACUUUGCAUUUUCUAUGCAAGGCGAAUCAAACACAAUUGAUAGAAAUAUUAGUCGUCGCCAAUCUACUUUAAACGAACUUGAUUUAGAAUUUCGACCUCAAAUAAUUUCAAUUCAAAAACAAAUUGAAUCAAACAACAAAUUGAUUGAGAUGUUUAUUAACCAAAUCGAACUUAUCAAAACAAAAAAUAUUUUGAAAUUAAAUAACAAAUCCUCAGAUCUGCAGAAUUUUUACAAUAAACAGUUAAAAAAUUCAAUAGAUAUGAAAUACAAGCAAUCUUCUAAAGUUAGUAAUUCAAAUAAUUCAAUGUUAGAAGAUAUCGAACAAACAUUUUCAUCCUCUUUACACGAAUCUAAUGAUAAAAUUGCUAUUUUAAUGACUAACUCAGACAGAAUAGCCAAUGACACAUCAAUUUAUUUCAAAAGAGCCACAAAUUAUAUAAAUAAUUUUUCACCAAAAUUCUAUGAAAUUCAAACACAUAUUAACCAAUUAGAGUCAAAAUAUGAUUCAUAUAUUGAAUUACAAAAACAAAAUCGCGAUAUCAGCAAUGGACAGGAAGAUCUUGAAUCUUUGUUAACAAAUUUUCAAGGCAGUGGAAUGGAAGAAAUAGUCAUUCAUGCAAUAGAAGAUUUUCAGAAUAAUAUUAGCAGAAAAAUCAAGCAAAUCCAGAAAAAAAUAAUGGAUCAAUCUUCGAAAUUAGAUUCUCAAUCAGAGAGUUUGAAGUCUAUUUUAGAGAUAAAUAAAGAACUGAAUAGAAAACUUGUAACACAGCAAAAGAAAAUAAUAUCCACUCAAGAAAAGAUCGAAAAGGACCAAGAAUUUGUUGAAGAACUUGAUAAACUUCUUCGGAAAUUCGAAUCAAGUCAAAUCAACAGCAAACCAUUAGAGAAGAAGAUUCCUGAAAAAGAUGAAAUCAUAGAAACCUUGAACUCUGCAUUUGAUAUCCUGCAAAUGAAGUUUGAUAAAGAGAUACAGAUAUUGGAAGCAGACAUUACCAAAUUCAUCGGAGAAGACACAAAACUUACUGAUCAAGCAUUGGAAAAAAGCAACAGAAUAGUUAACGAACUGAAUGAGAAGACAGUUUUUGCAAGAAUUGACUUGAUUGAAGAGAGGAUUUCCUGGUGUCGCCAAAGACUUGACAAGUGGAGAGCUGAGGAUACCCUAAAGAAGGUUAACAAUGUUGAAAAUAUGGAACAAAUUUCAGAGAAAAUAAGUAGUGCUGAAGAUAAACUUAAUGAGGUGGAGUUAUUUCUUGAGAAAGAAGAAGGCGAGGUAAGGAAAAACUCUGCUGACAGAAAUGUUCAAGUCGAACAAAUUACUCAACUAGAGGAUGAACCGCCAUUAAGUGAAGUACAAAGAACAAGCAAAGAUAAAAUAGAAUUGGAAAUGAAGAAUGUUGAUUCUAGAAUUUUGACAUACAAAGAAAAUGAUGAAGAAUGGAUAGAAUCUAUGGAUAGAUACAAACCAAUGGAGUUAUCUGAAGAAGAAGAGGCAGAAAUUAAAAGUAAAUUUAGGGAGCUUUUUGAACAGAAACAAAUUAAGGAAACAGAAAAAGGAAGAAAAUUCAAUAAUAACAAGCUCUUUGAUGCUACAACAAAAGCUCCGGUUGUUGUUAAUCAAAAGAACGAUGCAGAUCUGCAUGAUGAGCAGAAAGAAGAAAAAACAAGAGAAGUAGGAGAAAAGAAAGAAGAGGAAGAAGAAAAGAAAGAAGAGGAAGAAAAGAAAGAAGAAGAAGAAAAGAAAGAAGAGGAAGAAGAAAAGAAAGAAGAGGAAGAAGAAAAGAAAGAAGAGGAAGAAGAAAAGAAAGAAGAGGAAGAAAAGAAAGAAGAGGAAGAAAAGAAAGAAGAAGAAGAAGAAAAGAAAGAAGAGGAAGAAGAAAAGAAAGAAGAGGAAGAAGAAAAGAAAGAAGAGGAAGAAGAAAAGAAAGAAGAGGAAGAAGAAAAGAAAGAAGAGGAAGAAGAAAAGAAAGAAGAGGAAGAAGAAAAGAAAGAAGAGGAAGAAGAAAAACAAAGUUCGAAAAAGGACUAA